AUGUUGCAAGCACCUCCCAAUGGUGUCGCGCAGCAGUACGGCUACCUCUUGGGACCUCCAUCUGGCCAAGGAUUGGUGCCGGACUCAUACUUGAACAAUGAGUCUGGCCUCUCGACCCCUGGAUUAUCCUCGACACAUUCGAGUGCUGUGGCACUCUCUGCGCAACAGAAGCGAGCGUAUCGUCAGCGUCGCAAGGACCCGAGUUGCGACGCCUGUCGCGAGCGGAAAGUGAAAUGCGACGCAACAGACACCACCAGUUGUUCCGAGUGCUCUAGUCGUGGCGUCAAAUGUCAAUUCACUAAGGAAACCAACCGCCGAAUGUCAUCCAUCAAACAGGUACAGGACCUCGAAAAGCAGCUUCAGGCGGCCAAGAAGCAAAUCAGCCAGCUCCGGGGCAUUGUGCAAGAUGGAGCGGGGCCAGGUCACUCAAUACCUUCUGCGUCAGAUGUGCCCGCUUUGCUCCUGCCCGAGAACACCACCAAGGAACGACGACCUUCCCCACCCGCUGUCGAGGGAUUCGACGAAGUUAGGCGGAAUCUCCGAGCAUAUGGCAAAGGGGUCUUCAAAGCCCCGCCGCCUUAUCGGCAGUUCGGACCACAACCCACCUACCCUCAUCCAAACCAUGCUCUUCCGCCGAAGCAUGUGGCGGACCGUUUGGUUGAACAUUACCGUGGCUCCGUCCAUCUGUACGCGCCGCAUCUUCACAUGCCCACAUUCGUGCAAGAGUACGAGGAGCUCUAUAGAGCCGGGAGCUUCCAGCAAUCACGACACGUAUGGGUCGCUCUGUUCUACGCAGUGUUGGCUUGUGGCACUCUAGGCGACCCGCAAUCGACCAGCCCCAACGAGGAAUCCAUUGGCGCACAGUACUUGAACCACUGCAUCACGAGCAUGAACACGUGGUGUGAUGAACUGACUGUUGAUCAUGUACGAGCGAGCUUGCUCAUUAGCAUCUAUUUCGUGGAAAUCAACCUGCGUUCGCCAGGAUGGGUAUGGCUCGGGUCGGCGGUGAGGAUAGCACAGGACAUCGGCCUCCACACCGACCAUGGGCGGUACUCCCCACUUGAUGGCGAGAUGAGGAGGCGCGUGUGGUGGAGUGUGUACAAUUGGGAUCGCGUGGUCUCGCUCGAACUUGGUCGACCAUUGAUGAUCGACGACAACGACUGCGAUGUCAGCGAACCAGUUCCGGUCGACGACGAAUGCAUACGGCCGAACGGUAUCAUCAUGCCGCCGCCCAAUCAAGCACCAGCCAGUGGCUUGAUGGCAAUCAUUCUGGUGACGCGCACCACGGCUCAGAUCAAGAAAACGCUCAAAUCUCAGACGAUAGCUGCAUCCACACUUGCAACUUGCGAUGAGCAUUUCCGUUCGAUCAUGGCAUCGUGGCCAGAGCCAUUCCCGAGCACCUCCCAGGCUCCCCUCGAUCCGAGACUCCUGACUGCCGGCUGCAGUCUGCAGAUCCAGAUGUUCCAUCUGCAUAGACAUAAUCUGUCUCCAGCAUGUUGCAUGGCGGAUCGCAGAGAGGCGCUGGACCGAUGUGUCCACAUCGGCAAAGAGUCUGCAAAUUACGUUCAUCGCACCAUGCAGCAUCCUUCUACCUCGCCCAACGAUGCCUUCAUGUCGCCAGCACACCUAUCUGCCUGGGCCGCAAUUAUACGAACCAUGACCCCCGCCUUUUUCUGUGCACACCUGUGGCGGUGUCAGUUGGUGCUUUGUCUUCGGGGUGAGUUUGGCGCCGCAUUGCUGCUGACUCAUGUCUCUGCUGCCAUUGGAGAUCUUCGCAAGCUGAAUGUCGCUUGCGGUAGACAUCUUGCGUUCUUUCUGGAUCAGCUGAUUACAAAGCUGCGUGCUGGGGCGUGCCAGCGAGACCUUGAAACGGACGAACAACUGCUCGCAUAUGCCAGCGGAGACAUGCAAGGCAGUGCCGAUGAUGCAUGGGUGUGGAGCGGCAGCGAAUCCGGUACAAACCUCCAUCAGCAUCAAGUGGUACUGAAUGGUCACCCAGGGGACAAACCGGUUCUAGCAGCUGAGCAGCUGUCUACCAGUACUUUGACUGAGCAAGAGAGCCAGGCCUGGGGCGGAUGGGAUCAUGUUCAGCGAACGUUAAGCCAGCUGCAAGAGCAUCAGCAGCGGCCGGCUUCUAACCAGCAGCAGGCACCUCCGCCUCAGCCGCAGUCUCAAGGUCAGCAGCAACCUUCGCCCACAACGCCCGCGAAAAUGGCACCGACGACUUAUCCAGCUUCUCAUAUGCAGCCCACUCUCACACCUUCUCCUUACCCGCCACAUCCACCACAACCGAGCAUUUCGCCGAACCCUCAUAGCGGACAAAGCCAGAGCCAAGUCGCAGCCAAUAGCAACCACAAUGUGAACGGCGCUGCUGCAGGAAGCAGUCGCAUUAGCAUUCAGGAUAUCAUGUAA